CAAUUUUCACAAUUGCUGAAGAAAAGUGUCUUGUUUACGUUGAGCUAACGAAUAGCCGAGUUGCUAGCUAGCGAGCCUACACAACCUACUCACGUCUUCUCUUGCAUAUUUAUAAAUGGAAAGCGGCAAGAAAUUAUGUAAAGUGUAUUUCCCCCCGUUGUGCGGUUUGGGGUUUCAUUACGCUGUUAUGUGAUGGGUUUGUUAUGUUUGUUCUCUCAUGUUAUUUUAAUGGGAAAUGCAGUGCAGUGUUCAUUGGUAUAGAGCUUUGAAACUGUUACCUAGUAACCUGAUACGUAGACUGUGCUGUCACCGUUACACAUGUGUCAUACGAUGUUUUCAGACAGUAGCCAAACAAGCACGCUUUAUGUGUAAUGUGACAUUUUGAUAGACUUUGACCUUCCUCCUAAACCGAUCAACAUACGUGUCAGCUUGAGUAGUAACUGCAUAGAGAGUAUAUAGGAUGUGUUAUGUAGAAAUACAGCUUCUGCAGGGCUUAUGGUCAAGUUGUACUAGAAUUUCUCGAGCAAUUGAACAGGUGUAAAUAGGGGAUUUUGAUCGUCUAAUACUUCUAAACUUCUAAUACGUUGUGUAGCUGAGGGAUAAUCGUGUUAAGUAUGGAACCAGCUUUACCCAAAAUAACACGUAUGCCAAGAAUGGAUCCAAACUGUGGAAAGAAGAUGUUUUAUUACAUCCUUCAGUUCCUUCUUCAAGGACCUUAAAACACGUGGAGAAAAAUCCCUUCUCAAAGAUCUCUGAAAAGCAUCAACAUUAGAAAGAAUGAAUUUGUGUUAUCAGUCCAUCACUUCACAUCCUUCCCAAUAACUACUUACUUCCACUUUGGCAGGCCUCAUUCAGCCUCUCCUUCACCUCACUAACUCACACUCACACACUCUGCCGGUGACCCCACCACUGCUCCUGCAGGCUGGGUACGGAGCUGGUCUGGCCGCGUGCCCCUCCAGCUCUGCGUGUUAGUGUGAGAUGGGGCGGCAGGAAGCAGAGGGUCGCUGCCCCUGUGGACUGUAAUGUCAGAGCCCAGCAGCCCCGGCGAGAGCCAGCGCGGCGCUCCCAGAUUCUUCGUGGGCUGCGCGGAGGAUGAGAGCGAGGGCCUGGACGACUUCGCCAGCAUGAGGACAGACAUGGAGCUGUACGAAGACGACCUGGAGGAUGAUUCGCCUCCAGAGCGUCAGAUCGUGGUGGGGAUUUGCUGUAUGAUGAAGAAAUCUAAGUCUAAACCCAUGACUCAGAUCUUGGAGCGUCUUUGCAAGUUUGAGUACAUCACAGUGGUCAUCUUUCCAGAGGACGUCAUACUCAGUGAGCCGGUGGAAAAGUGGCCACUCUGUGACUGCCUGAUCUCAUUUCACUCUAAAGGCUUCCCCCUGGAUAAGGCAGUGAGUUACGCAAAGCUCCGUAACCCAUUGCUCAUCAAUGAUCUUAAUAUGCAGUAUUACAUACAGGAUAGGAGGGAGGUGUAUCGUAUCCUGCAGGAGGAGGGGAUAGAUCUGCCACGCUAUGCCGUGUUAAACCGCGACCCUGACAAACCUGAUGAGUGUAACCUGGUUGAGGGAGAAGACCAAGUUGAAGUUAACGGUGAAGUCUUUCUAAAACCAUUCGUAGAGAAGCCUGUUUCUGCCGAGGACCAUAAUGUGUACAUCUACUACCCAACUUCAGCUGGGGGAGGCAGCCAACGCCUCUUCAGGAAGAUUGGGAGCAGAAGCAGUGUUUACUCUCCAGAGAGCAGUGUGAGGAAAACUGGCUCCUAUAUCUAUGAAGAGUUCAUGCCAACCGAUGGCACUGAUGUGAAGGUGUACACAGUAGGGCCAGAUUACGCUCACGCAGAAGCUCGGAAGUCCCCUGCUCUCGACGGGAAAGUUGAGCGAGACAGUGAAGGCAAAGAAAUCCGGUACCCAGUCAUGCUCACUGCCAUGGAGAAGCUUGUGGCCCGUAAAGUGUGUCUGGCGUUCAAGCAAACAGUGUGUGGAUUCGACCUCCUCCGAGCCAACGGCCAUUCGUAUGUGUGUGAUGUCAACGGAUUUAGCUUUGUGAAGAAUUCCAUGAAAUACUAUGACGACUGUGCUAAGAUCCUGGGAAAUAUUGUGAUGAGGGAGCUGGCUCCUCAGUUCCAGAUCCCCUGGUCCAUACCUACAGAGGCAGAGGACAUUCCUAUUGUACCCACUACAUCAGGCACCAUGAUGGAGCUGCGCUGCGUGAUCGCUGUGAUCCGUCAUGGAGAUCGUACACCAAAGCAGAAGAUGAAGAUGGAAGUGCGAAAUCCCAUGUUUUUUGAGCUUUUUGAAAAAUACGGUGGCUAUAAAACAGGCAAGCUGAAGCUAAAGAAACCCAAACAGCUCCAGGAAGUUCUGGACAUUACCAGGACACUCUUGGCAGACAUAGGUCAGCAUACUGACUGUGAAAUUGAGGAGAAGAAGUCCAAGCUUGAACAACUGAAGACUGUUCUAGAAAUGUAUGGCCAUUUCUCUGGAAUCAAUAGGAAAGUGCAGCUAACCUACCUCCCUCAUGGACAGCCCAAAACAUCCAGCGAGGAGGAAGAUACUCGUAAGGAGGGUCCCUCUAUACUACUGGUGCUGAAGUGGGGGGGAGAGCUGACUCCAGCCGGCAGAGUUCAGGCUGAAGAACUCGGCAGGGCUUUCCGCUGCAUGUAUCCUGGAGGUCAAGGGGAUUACGCUGGCUUUCCAGGCUGUGGCCUGCUCAGGCUACACAGCACCUACCGCCAUGACCUCAAGAUCUAUGCCUCUGAUGAGGGCAGGGUGCAAAUGACUGCUGCUGCCUUUGCAAAGGGUCUCUUGGCACUGGAAGGAGAACUGACACCCAUUCUGGUCCAGAUGGUAAAGAGCGCAAACAUGAACGGCCUGCUGGAUAACGAUAUUGAAUCCCUCAGUGGCUGUCAGCAGAGGGUUAAGGCCAGACUUCAUGAGAUCAUGCAGAAAGAUCAAAUCUUCAGAGAAGAAGAUUUUGACAGGCUGGCUCCAACAUGCAGCAGCUCUCUGGUGAACUCUAUGAAGGCUGUGGAGAAUCCAGUGAGUACGUGUGAUCAAGUCUACACCCUUGUCCAGAGCCUCACCUCACAGAUCCGCAAAAGACUUGAAGACCCCAAAUCAGCAGAUUUACAGCUAUACCACAGCGAGACACUGGAGAUGAUGCUGCAGCGCUGGUCUAAGUUGGAAAGGGACUUCCGCAUGAAGAGCGGCCGCUACGACAUCAGCAAAAUUCCUGACAUUUAUGACUGUGUUAAGUAUGACGUGCAGCACAACAGCUCCCUGGGCCUGGAGGACACAGUAGAACUCUUCAAGCUCUCUCGAGCACUAGCCGACAUUGUCAUACCUCAGGAGUAUGGCAUUAAUAAGAUGGAAAAGCUGGAUAUUGCAUAUGCCUACUGUCUGCCUUUAGUAAAGAAGAUUCAAUUGGACCUUCAGAGGACACAUGAGGAUGAGUCUGUAAACAAGCUACAUCCUCUAUAUUCACGUGGAGUGCUGUCACCAGGCAGGCAUGUCCGAACUCGGCUGUAUUUCACAAGUGAGAGUCACGUCCACUCCCUGCUUAGCAUCUUUCGCUAUGGUGGCCUAUUGGAUGAGGAGAAGGACCAACAGUGGAAGAGAGCCAUGGAUUAUCUAAGUGCAGUGUCUGAGCUCAACUACAUGACUCAGAUUGUCAUUAUGCUCUACGAAGACAACAACAAGGACCCAUCCUCUGAAGAGCGCUUCCAUGUGGAACUGCAUUUCAGCCCUGGGGUCAAAGUAUCUGAGGAAGAGAGCGCUCCGAUGGGAUUUGGCUUCCGUCCAGCCUCUGCUGAAAAUGACCAAAAGCAAACAGACCCUGGUAGUUUGGAAAACCUUGCACGAGAUGAGCCUGACCGCGCUUUGCCCCUUUCUGAGGCCAUCAGCACCCAGAGGAAAUCCCCUCUGAUCCGGAAUCGCAAGACUGGCUCCAUGGAGGUCCUGUCGGAAAGCUCAUCCUCUAAAGGGGGCAGCUAUCGCCUCUUCCCCUCCUGCUCACGUCAGUCUCCAGAGAUGAAGCAGAGCGGAUUAGGCUCUCAGUGCGCUGGUCUCUUCAGCACCACCGUCCUGGGGGGCUCCUCUAGUGCCCCCAACCUUCAGGACUACGCACGCACGCACCGCAAAAAAUUCUCUUCGGGCAGUUUGACCUAUAAAGACGAGUUGUUGUCUAUGCCGGCAGUAAAGCGAUUUUCUGUGUCGUUUGCAAAGCAUCCGACUAAUGAACCCCUGGAAGAGCACCAGGUAGCCCAGCUGCUGAGGCGCUUUUCCAACGACCCCAAUAUUGGCCACCCGUUCUGCAUGGACAGUGCUUUUGCCCACCACCUCCAUCAAUGCUCCUACCAUCUCCGCCUCUUCCGCAACUGGUUAAUCUCUGGCCAGGACCCGCUAGAGUACCUUUACGGUUUUGAAGGCUGCUCUAUGGUGCCCUCCAUCUACCCCCUUGAGACCCUCCACAACUCGCUCUCACUAAAACAAGUUAAUGAGUUCCUGACAGCCGUGUGUGAAAAUGCGGGAGAUUCCCACACCAGGACAACCAGAGCUAUCUCAGCCAUGUUUGACUCCCAGAACCAGCCCACAGGGGACACUUACAUGCCUCACAGAGUGCUGUCCUCCUCUGUUUCAAUGCGCCAGCGCUCUGAUCGGCCGCCCUGGUACAGCAGUGGUCCCUCAAGUACAGUGUCAAGCGCCGGCCCAUCGUCUCCCACCACGGCUGACACCUCUCCACGCUUCAGCUUCAGUGAGAAGAUCACCCUCACGCCACAGAGCAGCGAGGAGAUCCACCCGGCCCCUCACAACAAUAGCCACUGUGUGUCCUCCACGUCUGAAACCAGCCUCCCCUCUGAAGACCCCCACCCCUCCAUACCAUCUCCCAUCCUGGAGAAACCCAGUGAAAUGGCAGUCGACGGCACAGACUCUGCAGGCCAGUGUCUGACAGAGAGCCCCUGCCACAAUGAAGUGUCAAGUCUGGCCCCCGCAGAGCCUGCUCCUCCCUACUCGCUCUUGGCAGACAGUUCGCCAACGGAGUCCUUUUGCGGGCUGCCCAGCUCCCUGCCUGUGCUUCUCGAGCUCCGAGAGAGCAGCUCAGAGGCCGGCUCCAGCGCCCAGACCCCGCUCACGCCUGAGGAGCCGGACGAGUUCUUUGAUACACAGGAAACGGUUGAUGUGUGGAGGGGGAGCCCGGGGACCCUGCCCCACCCUGGCACUCCACUGGAGGUGGGAGCUCCACAUGUGCCUGAGCCAUGAAGGAAACGUAGACUCCCUCAUACGUGAGUCCUUCACCCCAUCCCAGCAUGCUCUCGCUCUAGUGCCUCAGACCUUCAUAAAGUCCCAAACAAGUCAAAGUGGGAUUCGCCUAAGUCAUUUAAGGGAAGUUGAAGAAAUGGAGGCCCUCCCUGCGAUUGUCACCUUUUGAACUUGAAGCUCCUGUUAAAAAUCGUAAUAAACUCUCCAUGUGUUUAAU